GACAGCGCUAGAAGACAAUUUUACGAUUGAUCUUUUUUUCUCCAUCUUGACCAUUAGAAAUCAUCUCGUUAAUUAUUAUUUUCUGAUCGUCUUUGAGAGAAAGAAAGAGAGAGAGAGAGACAGAGAGAGAGAGAGAAAGAAAGAGAGAGAUAGAGAGAGAGAGAGAGAGAGAGAGAGAGAGAUCAAAAAAGAGAGAAAAAACGAAACGAAAGGGAAACGUCGAGAAAUAUUUUGAAUAAACGCACGUCACCUCCGUACAUAAUUCAUUCUUGAAUUCGAAUAAUACGACGGGAGGAAAAAUCGAUAAGAGAAAUAAAUAAAUAAAUAAAUUGAUCGAUCGAUCGAUCGAUUGAUUGAUUGAUCGAAUAUCUUCGUCGAACGUCGUUGAAUUAUUGGAGAAAGAAAGAUUGAAAAAGAAACGGUGAAAUAAGGGGGAAGAAAAAGAAAAACGAUAGAGUGAGACGCGCGAGUCGAAUUUUCGCGCCGAAAGUGAUAAAAGAUUAAUAAUAUCUCGACGAGUUAAAUAGAUAGAUAAAUACGAGUUAAUAAAAAAAGAAAGGUGGGGAAAGAGAAAAAACAAAGAGAAGAAAGAAAAGUAAAAGAAAAAGUAAAAGAACAAGUUGAAAGAUAGAAGAUACGAUUUUAAUCGGUAUAAUCGAAGAUAUAAGAAAUUAACAAAAAAAGUAAAUGAUCUCUUUCAUACUUGAUCUUUGAUAACGUCGGAGUUUGGAGAAUCAUUAUUGGUUGUGUGCCACCGUCAUUCGUUAUAUCGAUACGGUACUAUUAUCCCGCGAAGAACACGUCAUCGUCGUUGUCUCUUCGUGUUUCGUCUUCCUUCGUGCUUUGUGCUUCGUCUUCGUCGUCGUUUUCGUUAUCGUCGAGAGGAAGUAUCAGGAAAAGAAGAGGAAUAGGAGGUAGUAGAUCGUAGUAGUCGUAGGAGGAAGGAGAAAUCAUCCUCUCUGUUCGGAGGUCGACGAGAAGAUCUUUGGCGGGAUUUUCCCUACACGGGGUGGGCCAAUUUCUCUAUCAAAACAUGGCCACGUGACCGACAGCGGCGCGGCUUGUAAACACAGAGAGUUUGACCACGUGGUUUGCCCCCACUACCAGUGCAAUCGAAAAGAAGACAGAUUGAAGAAGCAUAAUUCGUCUCUUCUUCGAAGAUUGAUAAUAAUAAGAGAAAGAAAGAAAGGAAAUAAAAUUAAGAAGACAAAGAGUUUUGAAGCAUAUAGAAGAAGAAUAAAGAGUAGUAGUAGUAGUAGUAGUAGGAGGAGGAGAAGGAGAAGGAGGAGAAGGAAGAAGAAGAGAGAGAGAGAGGAAGAAGAUCAAGCCCUUGGUUCGGUGCGCGCGAACGCACGCGCGCACUCAAUUCUUAAGGUCGACGACUGUGAGAGACUACUAACUACCGGUACUUCUUUCGCCCGCGAAACAUGCUCGCGGUCAAAGUGGAAUAUACAGAGGAGGCCAACAUGAUGGACUCGGUCUCUACAGUAUCAUCAUCGACGAGUUCAUCGACCGUUUCCCAACAACAACAACAGCAACAACAACAACAACAGCAGCAACAGCAGCAGCAACAGGGAGUACCGUUCGACGAAAGCGGUUUUGAGCCACAAACGAGAGCGCGGUCCAACACGUGGCCUUUACCGAGGCCCGAUGGAUACGUCGAUGGUAACGUUGGAGUCGUCGUUGGUGGUUCUGGUGGUGGUAGUGGUGCUUGUGGUGUACAAACUGGUAACGACAUAGGCGAGGUAGGUGGUACACCACCGCAACAGGGAACAUUGGGACAAACAGGUGCGGGGGGUGCACCAUUAUUCCCAGUUAAAAAGAACUCAUCUAGAAGAAACGCGUGGGGUAAUCUAAGCUAUGCCGAUAUGAUUACACAAGCGAUCACCAGUGCACCGGAACAAAGGCUCACGUUAUCCCAGAUAUACGAAUGGAUGGUACAGAACGUUAACUAUUUCAAGGACAAGGGUGAUAGUAAUAGCAGUGCCGGUUGGAAGAAUUCCAUAAGACACAACCUGUCGUUGCAUUGCAAAUUCAUGAGAGUACAGAAUGAGGGAACGGGCAAGAGUUCAUGGUGGAUGAUCAAUCACGAUGCUAAACCUGGGAAAUCACCACGACGUAGAGCUACGUCAAUGGAGACGAGCAAAUUUGAAAAAAGACGUGGUCGAGUUAAGAAGAAGGUCGAAGCAUUGAGAAACGGAGUUUUGCAAGCUGAUGCUACACCAAGCCCAAGUAGCAGCGUCAGCGAGGGUUUAGAUCUUUUCCCUGACAGUCCACUUCAUCCAACCAGUGGAUUUCAACUUUCACCGGACUUUCGACCUCGAGCAUCGAGUAACGCGUCCUCCAGUGGUCGAUUGAGUCCAAUUCCUGCGGUUUACGGGGAACCAGAAUGGACACCAACCUAUGCGCCAUCUUACAGUCCGGAACAGUUAGACACGAUCCUGGCCGGUAGCCUCGCGGAAACUAUGAAACUGGAGUCGUAUCAAAUGUACCAAACGUCACCCCCUAAUCAUCAGCAACAAACUGGCCCACCACCUUCUUACUUCGAUACGCAAUACCAGAGAAACAAUACUCUACGCACUGGUUCGUCAUCUUUCGGACUUCCACCUACGCCACAGCCCAGUAGUCAACAGAGGUGCCCGAUACAUCGUUUACAGGCUUGCGCUUGUCAGAUGAACCUGAGUCCGGUGUCUGGAAUGUCACCGUCAUAUCAACAGAACGAACCAAGCCCAACGGCACUGAGUAAUAGUCAACAACAAACGAUCCAGUAUAUGAUUCAGAAUCAACAACGACAACAGCAACAACAACAGCAGCAACAGCAGCAGCAACAGCAGCAGCAGCAACAACAACAGCAACAACAACAACAACAGCAGCAACAGCAGCAGCAGCAACAACAGCAACGACAUCAACAACAGCAACAGCAGCAGCAACAACAGCAGCAACAACAGCAAGCACAAAAUGGUCCAGCGGGAGUAAGUCCGCCGCACACACCUUCCCCAUGUGAUUCAACGCCAAGUACAAUGAUGGGACAAUUAAUGGGUGCCCUUAAUAAUUCAGCCCUGCUCGAUGAUCUCAAUAUUAACAUCGAAACGUUGCACGGUGGAUUUGAUUGUAACGUCGAAGAGGUAAUAAAUCACGAGCUUUCGAUGGAUGAAACAUUGGAUUUCAAUUUUCAACAAGGCGUAAUGGGUACUGCGGCGAUUCAAGUUAGCGACGGUAACAUCGUCGGACAAAAUGGUAUAGUUUCUCAAAAUAAUGUUGGGGUUGGUACGGCUACCGGAAAUGCACCAGCGGGAGUUUACAUGAGCACCAAUGCGGCGACUCCCGCGGCACCACCUUCUUGGGUUCACUAGCAGUGGACCCCUCUGCCCUCGACACCACCAUUGUCCUUACCAAUUCCAUCGACCAACAUCGAUGGAUGGGACAAUUAUUGCGGGAUGUCGGAGGGACAAUUCGACUGUCCGAUUGUCGAGGAUGCAAGGAUGGAUCGAGCACUUGUGAUAAGAUGUAGACAUAAUUAUACCAGACCACGACGAUACGCAUACUUCAAAAAUACUAUAUUACGUUAGUGCAAUUAUUAACGCGAGGAAUAAUUAACGGCAAGAGAGAGAGAGAGAGAGAGAGAGAGAAAGAAAGAGAGAGAGAGAGAGAGAGAGAGAGAGACAGAGAACCAGAGAGAGAGAGAGAGAGAGAGAGACAGAGAACCAGAGAGAGAGAGAGAGAGCGUAUCUAUCUCUUCCAUCCCCAUACUCCUUUUCCCCGUCCUCCUUUUUCCUUUCCCUUUCUUCAACUCCUUCUCCCCCUUUUCUUCCUGCUAGUCCUUCUCAUUCUCAUCCACCUCAUCCUUUUCAAGAAGAGGAAAAUGGUUGGAUACUUGAAUGAAAAGAAAAAAUAAAUAAAUAAAAAAAAGGCAGAGUAGGCGAGAGGAAUAAAAAAAAAAGAGAGAGAGAGAGAGAGAGAGAGAGAGAGAGAGAAAGAGAAAGAGAAAGAAUUCGUUUUAAAGGAGAUUAACGAGGCAACAAAAUAAAAAAAGAAAGAAAAGAAGAAGAACAAAAGAUAUAAUCGAAUGCGAUUUCUCGAUCAUAAUCGAUCGAUUUAUAUCUCGUGCGUUAUUAUCCUCGAAAAUAUGUUCGAUAUUUCGAUAUUUGUAAUUUUAUGAGAGAUCGGUACUUCUUCGAUAUGCCUUCUUUUACUUUGUCUUUAUUUUUUUUUUUAUUUUUUUUCUUUAGUUUUUAUAAUUUUCCAUUUCUUCCCAUUCCCCAUUCGCUCUCCCCUCCCUAUUUGGAUAACAAAAUAUAUAUAUAUAUAUAUAUAUAUAUAUAUAUAUAUAUAUAUAUAGCGAGAGAGAGAGAGAGAGAGAGAGAGAGAGAGAAAGAGAGAGGAAGAGAGAGCUAAAAGAAAGAAGAAGCGAGAAGAAAUUAGAAAAUAUAUUUAUAAUGGAUAAUGUGACACGAUGUCAAUUAAGAAAAAGAUCAGAAGAAAAAAAAUGCUUGACAUUUUUCAAUUGAACUCUCUCCCCCGCCGACUUUUCGCCGUACGUACAACGAUCUCUGUCAUCUCUAAAGAGGUAACCUCAUAGUGUUCUAAAAGACACACGCUAUAUAAAUAUAUAAAUAAAUAUAAAUAUUAUAUAUAUAUGUAUAUAUAUAUAUAUAUAUAUAUAUAUAUAUAUAUAUAUAUGUAUAUAGAAAUAGAUAUUAAUACAAAUAUAAAUAUGAAUAAAAAAAUAUACGAUGUGUGUGUAUGUGUAUAUAUAUAUAUAUAUGUGUGUGUUGAUGUAUGUGUGGGUAUAUGUGAGUAAGAGAGAGAGAGAGAGAGAAAGUGUGCGUGUGUGUGUGUGUACAUCGAUAUAUACCUAUAUAUGUAAUUAAAAUUAUAUACGAAAGAGAGUGUGUAUGUGUGUAUGUAUGCAUAUAUGAGGGGGAGAGAGAGGGAUAGAGAGAAAGAGAGAGAGAGAGAGAGAGAGAGAGAGAGAGAGAGAGAGAGAGAGAGAGAGAGAGAGAGAGAGAGAGAGAGAGAGAGUAUAACGGAUGUUUACUUAGAAAGGGCGCUACACGUUAUAAAUAUUAUAUACACGAAGAGAUCAUACAUAUAUGUAGACGCACACGGAAACGCAUGCUUACGAUAUUAUAGAAAGAAAUAUUGAAUAUAAAUAUAGAUAUUCUA